AUGUUCAUAGGAGGUCUUAAUUGGGAAACAACAGAUGAGAGCCUUAAAGCAUACUUUUCACAAUUCGGUGAAGUAACGGAUUGUAUAGUUAUGAGAGAUCCAAAUACAUCGAGGUCUCGUGGUUUUGGGUUUUUGACAUUUGUAGAUCCAAGCGUCGUCAAUACCGUAUUAGUUAAGGAACAUCAGCUGGAUGGUAAAAUUAUUGAUCCAAAACGUGCCAUUCCUCGUGAAGAACAAGAAAAGACCGAAAAAAUAUUCGUAGGAGGUAUCGCGCCUGAAGUUACUGAAGAAGAGUUUAAGGAAUAUUUCUCACAAUUUGGCCAUGUCAUUGAUGCCACUCUCAUGGUUGAUCGUGACACUGGUAGACCUCGAGGAUUUGGGUUUAUCACAUUUGAUUCUUCCGAACCAGUAGAAAAAGCGAUGAACCGACAGGAUUUGGAAAUCCGUAAUAAACAGAUUGAAGUGAAACGUGCGAUGCCUAAACAUAAAUCACAGCGCGUACAACCAUUGUACAGUCAGCAAAGUUAUGGAUCAUCAUCAUCUGCGUCUGCAGGGAUGAUGACAUCGCCGGCUAGUUCGGCUAAUAGCAGUUACGGUGGUUACGGUCAAUAUUCCAACUACAGUUACGGAAGUAAUUAUCCUAGCGGAUACCCUUAUAGUGCGAUGACUCAUGCAUAUUAUUCUUCAAGAUACGGAAAUUAUGGCAGUAGUCAAUAUGGCAGUGGAAGUGGCGGCUAUGGUGGAUCUGGAAGUCGUGGUGGAUCCUAUGGUCAAUGGUACGGACGUGAUAGUUAUGGAUCUGGACCAUCUUCGGCCGGAGGUGCUUCUGCGCUAGGUGGUCCGAGUUCUAGCAAUCGUUUAGGAGGUGCAUAUCGUCAUUCCCCCCCUGGACGUGAUGAUAGUUAUGGUGGUAACUCACGAAGUGGCCCUGCACGUUCUUAUUCGUCGAUGAAUGCAAGUGGAUCUGGUGCACUGUACAGCAGUCACAACGUUCGAGGACAACACAAUUAUCAUCCCUAUGCACGGACAGCCUAA